GCUGAGCUCGCGGCUCUCUGCAGGGGGCUGUAGCCGGGGACCAUGCGCUCUGUGUGGGGUUUAGUGGCCGUGGUGGCCGCCGCCACUUUCUACCUCUACCUGCUGUCCGCCUUUCUGCCGGCCGCUCCGCCUCGAGCCCUGCAGCCCGGAGCAGAGGGACAGGAGCGCGAGGAGCUCGAGGAGCGCAGGUUGCAUUUCCCGUCUGAUCUGGAUGAGCUGCGGGAGCUGGCCGAGCUGUUGAAGUUCUAUAAACGGCAGCACACAGCCUAUGUGUUGCUGCUGUACUGCAGUGCCUACCUCUACAAGCAGUCCUUCGCCAUUCCCGGCUCCUCCUUCCUGAACAUGCUGGCGGGGGCGCUGUUUGGGCCGUGGCACGGACUGUUCAUCGCCUGCGUCCUCACCACGGUGGGCUCCACAAACUGCUACCUCCUGUCCCGCACAUUUGGCAAACGCCACAUCAUACGCCUCUUCCCCGAGAAGGUGGCCAUGUUACAGAAGAAGGCAGAAGAUAACAGAAGUAGUUUGUUCUUCUUCCUGCUUUUCCUGAGGUUCUUCCCAAUGACACCCAACUGGUUCCUGAACAUAACUUCUCCGAUUCUCAAUAUUCCCAUCCCCAUAUUCUUCUUUUCCGUCCUCAUUGGACUGAUCCCCUACAACUUCAUCUGUGUGAGGACCGGGGCCAUCCUGUCCGAGAUUACGUCUCUGGACGAUAUUUUCUCCUGGGGCACUCUCCUGCAGCUGCUGCUGAUAGCGUGUGCAGCCUUACUGCCUGGCACUCUGAUUCGCCACUACAGCAAGACCCACCUCAAAUUGGAUGGCCUGGAGGUCAACGGCCACCGCAAUGACCUGAACGAUCGCAAGAGCAGAUGAUCUGGACCCUCAGGCACCACUGAGCGGAGUAGGGGUUACAAGCGCUGGUCCUGAUGGGCCACACUGUUUACCAGAAGCACUUUGUGCUGUUUUCACAUCACAGUUUCCCUCUUUCCCCAAAUGUAGUAGAUUAGCCAA